AUGCAUAACAUCAUAAACAAACAGUGGGUGGGGCUGAUGCCAGAAGAAAGAACAGAGAUACGCUCCACCUUGUAUAGGUUUGUUUUAGAAAAUCACAAGGUUGCCCCCUACUACAUUCGGAACAAAUUGGUCAAGCUGGUCGUUGAUAUUGCACGGCUUUCCUGGCCUCACUUCUAUCCCGAUUUCUUCACUAAUGUCUUGUCUUUAUCAAGAAGUCCUGACACUGUGGUGUUGUGUAUUGUGUUUCUUCAAACAAUCAGCGAGGAGUUGGCUUGUCCUCGCGAAGAACUGUCGUACUCCCGACGUACAGAGCUGCGACGACUCCUCUCUCAACAAGUGCCAACAAUGCUCACUCUUCUCUCUAGUUUAUUAGAGGGUGUUGUGGAGAAGCACAAGAAUGCAGUAACGGCCACACCUCCGCCCUCUCCGACACACACGCACAGUCAGUCUCCGUCUCGCUCGGCUCUCUCGUCCUCUCCAAUUCAAACAGGUACACUAAGCAGUAUGUUUGACAGCCUGGAGAGUGGCACCAGCACACGCAUGGCCUUUCUACUGCCUCCGCUAGACACUGAGAGUGAGACAAUAGCCUUGCUCUCUCUCAACUGUCUCACUCACCUCUUCUCCUGGAUUCCACUCUCUACACUUAUAACCCCACAUCUGCUCAAUACAAUAUUCCUUUUUGCAUCAUUAGGAGCUGACCCACAGCCCAGCAAACUCCAUAAUGGUUCACUGGAGAAGAGUUUUAGUGGGGAAUCCCUGGGAGUUCUGGCUAUGGGGGCCAUCAACGAGAUCAUGAGCAAGAACUGUGUCCCUCAUGACUUCGAAGAAUUCCUCUUGCAGAUGUUCAGGAAUACAUUCCAGCUGUUGCAGAGAUUAGUGAGAGACGAACCUAACACAACUUCGCGUCUACAGUUACUAGACCCCAGUUAUCUAGAUAAAUUCACAGAGUUUCUGCGACUAUUUGUAAGUGUCCAUCUCAGAAGGUUUGAAAACAAUUCUCAGUUCCCUGUUUUGGAAUUCCUGGCACUGCUCUUCCGCUACACAUUCCAUCAGCACUGCGUGGAGGCUUACUUCAACUGUCUGGAUGUCUGGAGUAUCUUUCUGGAUCAUCUACUUUCCAAGGUUCAAGGACCACAAGAUCAAACUGGAGUAGGGAGGUACGAGGAUGCCUUAAUAUCACUGGCGAGAGGGAUUCUCCAUAAAAUACAACUAAGACAUAACCAGGCAGAGCUCGAGGAACUGGACCACGAAAUCUGUGAGGAAAUAUCAGAGAACAACAUGCAUCACUAUGGAGAGUUGGGGACGAGUGAGGAGAUAUCAGAGUGGCAUUCCUUCUUCACCAGGAACCUGGAACUACUGGCCAAAAUUGCUGACCUUCUGCCCGAUCAAAUCUUCACUCUGGUGUAUGAACCAUGGAACGAAGCCACAAAAUUAUACCUCAGCCUUCAGUCCAACAUGAUAGAACAAAAUGGCCGUCGUCGACUCAACAUUUCCGCCGAGCACGAGUGCCCUCGUUUACACUGCCUAUUAAGGGACUUAUCCUCCUUGCUUCAGGCCAUUGGUAGGCUCUCGACGCUCUUUCUGGGAGAAGAACUGCCUAAGAGAUCAGCCACAGCAAUACAGGUUAUUGAAAAGUUAGUUCAGAUGGCCAACUACAGCACAGGAUUAAAGCUCUUCGAGGUAGAGACUGCUGUAGACGUUCUACAUUCUGACUUUGUAGAGGUUCACGCACAAGUUUUGUCAACAUUGAGAGCCUGGGUGCACUGGCUGUCUCAGUUAUAUGGUCAGCAGUUUGUCCAAGUGUUUCCUGGUGGAACACAAACACAUCAACACCAAGACACCUGCCACACAAUCAACAAACAGAUGCUAGUUGCUGCGACUAAUGUUCUUAAUGUUGAGGCUCCGCCACUCAUUAUCAACUGUGGCGUACAGCUGCUGCUGUCAUUAUCUGUUAUGAUGCGUUCACCUGUGGCACUGGAGAUGAACCAAGUACAGUCAUUAUAUGUACAAGCUCCAUCACUUUCAUCUGAUAUAAAGGUGCGAGGAUUAAUUCUGCGCGCUUUAGUCAACUUUCUUCUGCUACCCUGGCCCAGCUUUGUGGUUGAUCAUAGGCUAGAGACACGUAAACACCACCUCACAUCUUUCAUCAACUCAUUUACGUGUGAAGUGCGGAAAAUUGACGUGCAGGCAUUGGUAGAUGACAAAACUCUUCAGGAAACUAUGGCUCCAAAGCUGUGCGACACACUGUCGGUGAUCCGUUACCAGGUGGAGGAACUCAACAACACAGAUAAGGCUAGCCGGGAACUAUACUACCACUGUGUUCAAGACAUCAUUCACCAAGCCAUACUACUGUUCCCCAUCUAUGUCCAGCAUUCCAGUGUAUGUGAGGAGAUCUUAUCACUGAUGGUGGUGGUGAUGCAGGUGCUGAGAGUUCAACUGGGUCCUGGCAGAGUGGAAGCCACCAUACAGACAUUCCUUGAUGUCUUCACUACCAGACAUCACCUUCAGCUGGCUAUCAGUGCUGACAAUCCCGCUGCUGUCAGGGUCGUUGACAAAUUUCUCAAACUGCUGGAGUUGAUAGUAAGUGAACCUGGACAGUCGUUCAGGCAGUUUAUCCCAAACACCAUCACACUGUGCAUGGAACACAUCUAUCCUGUGGUGUCGGAGCGAGUCUCUCCAGAAGUUAAGGGUCCCUUGUUUGAGCUGCUUCGCUGCCUUCUAGAACAUAACUGGAAGUAUUUCUUCAAACCAUCUGUGCAUAUAUCACUGGGAGCUGGAAACUGGGAUUCUAUAGAGAAUGAAGCCCAGUUCAUCCAGAUCAUGCAAGCCUUUGGUCAGUCGUUCAUGCAGCCAGAUAUAACAAUAUUUAAGCAUAAUCUGGAAGCUCUUGAGUCCCUUAAUUCCAAGUAUAAGUUAUAUCAUAAGGGAGUGUUCCGUAACUCUAUGCUGGGGCAGUUCAUCACUGUGUUGUUGCAAGUGUUGGUUCACCGUUCUCAAGAUCUCUUGCAGGAAGAGAUCACCAUUACAGUAUAUAAUAUGGCAUCGGUGGAUUUCACUACAUUUUUUGCAGCGUUUGUGCCCCAUUUUCUUCAAAAUAUGGAUGGCCUGGAUAAUGACCAAAGAACUACAUUGAAACAAAACUUUAAAACUGACACGGACCUUCCAACUUUUACACAAAACGUUCAACGGUUCAUCAAUGAUCUGCGAUACUACCGCACCUGCAACACUAGUCUACCCCCAGGCACUGUCAAGUUAUAGUACUGAUAAUAUUCACCUUGGUUGCCAUAGAGAUCAUUUCAAGACUUGCACUGUUGUUCUGGCUGUUGACAUCGUAUUUUGUUCCACAUAGUGUGAUCAUUCUAGUUCCACACAAUGUGGAACUAAUAAACAGUCAGCCAGUGUGCAGAAUAAAGCCUUCAUUUAGAUGUAGAAUAAAGUGCAUAUCAUCCCAUAUUCAUUAUCUGUCUUGCUCUAAAUAGUGCCCCUUAAGGCAGAUCUAAAAUUUAUGUCCUGUGUGAAAAAAAGGCAUUUAUGUACAGUUUAGGACAUUUAUUAGAGGACUGAAACAUGGUGUUUCCUCUAAUAAAUGGCCUGAACUGUGGUAGUAUAAACUUUGUAAUUAAUACCAAUAAAUUGAGAUAUUUACUGUUUGGUAAGACAGUGAUGGUGUGAAAGAUGGUGAAAGUGUUUCUUUUUCGGGUCAUCCUGCCUUGGUGGGAAACAGCCAGCAUGUUAAAUAAAAAAAUAAACGGUUUAGAAAGACACAUAAGCAAAUACGUACAGUGGUACCUCGGGAUACGAACAGCUCAAAACUCGUACAGUUAUUAAAGUGUAUUUAUGUAAGUGCUUUUGUAAGUGUAUUUUUGGGGGUCUGAAAUGGAUUAAUCUAAUUUACAUUAUUCCUUAUGGGAACAAACUUGUUUUGGUAUUGGCACUCGAACAGCCUUCUGGAAUGAAUUAAGUUCGUAUCCCGAGGUACCACUGUACCAGGAAAGACAUUAGAAAACGUUUGUCCUGGGACCUUGAUCACUUCUAACAUACAGAGGUUAGAAGUGAUCAAGGUCCUAGAACUGAAAUGUUUUCUUAUAAAUAUGUCCGAAUGUUUGAUCACAUCUUUUUUAAAACAACUUCUUGGUAUUAAUUACCAAAGUUCAUACCAUUAUAGCUUAGGACAUUUAUUAAAGCAAUGUUAUACCAUGAGUAGCAAACAAACCAAGGUACGGGGGUGGGAUUGAACUCGGCAAGUGAGCUGACGCAGUGGCUUAUGCGCCAGCCUGGAGUUUAACCACUCACUUGCCGCAAGUUCAGUUCCAACCCGUACAGUGGUUUAAAUGUCCUGAACUGUACGUAAGUGCCUUUUUCCACAUGUCAGUAUCACCAUGCCAUUUUUCACACGUCCUCUACUCUUGCCGUCACCCACAUACACACAGCUAUGUUACCACUUAAUUUAAACAAUCAACUCAUCCUGUGAGCCAUUCCUUGCUAUUCUAUGAAAGUGGAAUACAGUAUGUACUUAGAAUAGUAGCAUUUUUAAUAGUAAUGAUAUUGUAAAUUAGGUAAAGAGGACACAAGCACAAUUAAUGCAACAUUUCAUUGUGGCAACGUUUAACUUCCUGUAGAGCGAAACGUUGCCACAAUAAAAUGUCACAUUAGUUGCACUUGUGCCCUUUUACCUAACAUAUCGUCGGUAAUUCUGCCAACAUUAUUACAACGAUAUUUUAUAUAUUAUUUUUUUUACUUUGUUUUUGCGUUUUGAUGCUAUGAACAUUACUAAAAAUAAUUGAGUAUACCAUUAAGUUCCAACCGAUUUGUCAGUGCACAUGUACCUGGUUGAUACCUUAGUAGCAAUUGAUUGCUUCUAGUCAGUAGUAGUGACUAGUUAUAGAAUGUCUAACCAUAUUCCAUUCUUCAAUGAAUAAAGUGAAGAAGCUGUAAUAAGCCAAGAGAAAAUAGAUAAAUAAUGCACGUUAAUCUUUAUUUCUGAUUACGUUAUAUAUUGUUCAAUUGUCACACAUUGAUUGUAAACUAUAAAUUUACUCCAUUAGCUCUAGUUUUUAAUUUUCAGGAAGUAUUCUUAAUGCAAUCCAUUUCUUUAAAUCUAAAUUGGUUAAAAGUACAUACCAUAAUUUUACUUAUAUAGGUUAAUACAGGUCGGCCAUUACUGAUAAGCAGUCGCCAAUUUGGUACCAUCACUAAUCUGGUUCCAUUGCUAAUCCGAUUCCAUCACUAAUUCGGCACUAAUUUUGGCUGGCAUCAUUGGUAAAAGUUUACACCCCAGGGCUUUCAAAGGUAUGACACAGUUUCCUGUGAUGUUGGAUUAGUGACGGUCGACUUGUAUUAUACAGUGGACCCCCGCUUAACGAUCACCUCCCAAUGCGACCAAUUAUGUAAGUGUAUUUAUGUAAGUGCGUUUGUACAUGUAUGUUUGGGGGUCUGAAAUGGACUAACCUACUUCACAAUAUUCCUUACGGGAACAAAUUCGGUCAGUACUGGCACCUGAACAUACUUCUGGAAUGAAAAAAUAUCGUUAACCGGGGGUACACUGUAUUUCAGUUAUGUUGUGACAGUCAUUGUGAAGGUAAUUUGAAUAUUAAGGCUUCAGUUCCUAGUGUGUAUGAUGCAUUGGUUUCUUCGUAAUGUAUUUUGGUCUUCAAGCCUAUGUAGCAAGUUUUUUGCUCGACCCCAGUAAACAAUGUCGUAGUGUUUAUAAUACAGGUGGUCCUCAAUGUUCAGUGGGGUUAAGUUCUGACGAACCCAUCGUAAGUCAAAUAUGUGAUAAGUAAGUAAAUAAAUAACUGCUGUCACUAAAUAAAUAAUUACUGUAAAUACCAGUAUUGAAAAG